AAGAACGAGAAGCAUCUCCUCAGAAAAAACACUUGAAUCAUAUAUUCAGCAGAAAAUGGCGAGCAAAGUAGUUUCCCUUUGUGCAGUGCUUUUCAUCCUUUCUCUGGUGCAAUUAAUAUCGGCGGAGGAAGUAUCCCUUGAAAAAUCGUUGCUUGGAAAAGCACUGGGAUGUCCCUAUUAUGGGGAAUACUGUGAUAUGGCGAACUGGUGUUGUCCAGGAACAGAAUGUUCAAAUUCAUACACUGGCGGCACAUGUGUAGAUGAUCCCUUUAAAUCAUGCAAGUAUGAAGGACAAAGUUGCGGAUUCUUCGAUGCCAAGUGUUGUGGGAAAUUAGAGUGUGAUGCCACUUUAUAUGGAGGAACUUGUAGACAGCCUAACAGCUAUGAACUCGCACUCUACGACAAAGUGAUGGGUCGAAUUUUCAUCUAAAGCUCGUGUUAUUUUCCUAUAUGUAGUCAUUCCAUCGAGUAUGAUUGCUAUGCAUGUUUAAUGAUGAUGUAUUAAGAAUAUGACUAAUAUUUUUAAGAUAGAUUAUUAUCUUAGAAAUAUUAUGUAAUGAAAUAUUUUCAAUAAGUGUUUGGAUUAUGUUAGAGCAUAUUCAAUUGCUAAACUCUUUUAGGGGAUCAUUAAGUAUUUUAUUACUUUCUCUCU